AUGAAAAAGAAAAAUGAUCUUAUAAUCUAUAAGGAUGAGGUACAAGAUGAAACUUUAAAUUUACAAAUUGAGAAAGAAGGAGAAUUGAAGCAACAGGUUAACCAAUUGGGUACUAAGCUGAAUGAAAUGAACAAUCAAAUUGUAAAUGAGCUGGGAGAAAAUUCCCAAAAGUUUCAACGUGGCCAUGUUGACAAGAAAAGUAAUAACACUAGUUCUAUAGAUCGAGAAGAAAAUGAGAAAUUUUGUAAAAAUGGUGAAGGCAAUGAAAAGGAUAAAUGUGAUGCGGUAAAGGAUGGCAAAGAGAAUAGACAUCUAUCCCUUGAGCCAGAUGCAGAGGUAGAGGCCGAACUAGAAGCAGCGGAAGAAGCAGAGGCAGUGAUAACCUCGCAACAAGCUGAUUCUACAUCAUGUGAAAACUACAGUUCUUCCCCUGCCCCUCAGGGGGAAGAGAAGAACAAUACCGAUGAGAGUCAUCGGAGCAGAGAAACGAGGAAUGAACUGAAUGAACUGAAUGAACUGAAUGAAGAGCUAUUUCCACUAUCAAACAGUUUCCUGAUCAGGGAAUGUAAGACGAAAAGUGAAUUCGAAAAUGAAAAUGAAAAUUCAGAAAGCGGAGUAAAACAACGCAGAGUCCAAUUAAGUGACCAUCAGACGGAUACUAAAGUAAACCAAAGUGCCAACCACGAAAAAUUGAAAGAUCAAGAUGGAAGAGAAAAAUGCAUAAGGAAAGAAAAUGAAAUUCAAGGUGAUGUUAAGUACGAGGGGCAGGAACAGACUUGUGCUAAUGCAUCCGAUGUCGAAAAGACAAAGGAAGUAAACUUUACAAAUCAUAUGUUUUCCAAUAAUAGUUUUACUGAUGAUGAUUUCUUCAAUGAUACCUCUUUCGAUGGUGGCCCAUUCGACAAGGAUGACUUCCACAAUUUUUCCCAUAUUGAGAAAGCACAAGAAGACCCAAACGAGGUAAAACAAAAUUCACUGAUAGACAUAUACAAAGAAAUAAAAAUAUGUGAACAUUUAUUUUUAGACAACUUUGGCCAAACUUGUGAAAAUAUUGAAAUAAAGGAAAUAAUAAACAACGAGAAGAAAGAAGAAACCAACAAUCCCUCAAUUGACUUUAAUUCCAUUGAGGACAUUUCUCAUUUUUUGUGUGAGAAACACAUUCCUGAUUCAGAUCAUCCAUCCAUCCAACAGUGCAUAAGUGAAAAUAUGAAACUACUUAUUCAAGAACAGAAAAAAAACAAUAAAAAAAUUAAAAUGAACAAAAAUUACAUUGACUUUAAAACUUUCCAGAACACCUUGCCACCUAAUCUGCGACAGAAAAUAUUUAAGGAAUACAAAAAAAACAUUUAA